AUGGUAGCGCCGCAGCGAUGCGUGCGGUGCCGGCAGGCGGACGCGGCCCUCGCGGUGCGCGAGGCGGCGUACUGCCGCACAUGCUAUGCGCGCGUGUUCGAUGGAAAGGUGCGCGCUAGUCUAGACCUUGCGCGCGGCGCUGUCCUGUGGCACAGCGUCGUGCGCUCGACGCCACAACGCACCACGCCGGCGCUCGCCGUGGCGUUCAGCGGGAGUCUGCACAGCUGCGUCCUCCUCCAGGCCGUGCACCGCCUCUUGCGCACGGCGCCCGGCGGCGCCGCCGGCCACGACGUGCCUGCGCGCGCGCCCGAGCAGGCGCGCCUCGAUGUGAUCUACGUCGACGACUCGUACCUCGUGCCGGGCGCGCCGGACCCGGGCCCGGCGGUCGCAGCGCGCGUCGCGGCGCUCGCGCCGGACGCGCACGUCGUGCGUGUGCCGCUCCACGCGGCCUUUGGCGCCGGCGACGAGGUCCCGGCGGCGCUCGCCACCGCGUGCGCCGACGGCCUCCGCCUGCGUGCGGCGCGGCGCGCGCCUGCCGCGGCCCUCGAUGCACUCUUCGCAGCGCUGCAGCAGACGGCGUCGCGCAGCGACGCUGGGUCGGCGCGCACGCGCGUCGAGGACAUGCGCGCGAUCCUCGUGCACCGCGUCCUCCAGGCGACCGCGCAGGCGCGGCGGUGUGCGGCGCUGCUGUUCGCGCACGAUGCAAGCGACACCGCCGCGCACACGCUCGCGGCGAUCGCCAAGGGCGCCGGGCACAAGCUGCCGGUCACGGGCGCGGCGUCCCUGUGGGUCGACGACGUGCUCCAUGUGCACCCGCUGCGCAUGCACCUGCCGCAGGAAGUCGCGUUCUACGCGGCGGAGCAUGGGAUCGAGGCGGUGCCGCGGCCGACGCUCUUCCCGCCGCGCAGCGCUGCGCCGGCGGACGCCACGUACGAUGCACUCGCCGACAAGACGAGCCUGGGCCGCCUCGCCGACUCGCUCGUCACCGCGCUGCAGCAGGGCGUGAGCAGCACGUCCAGCACGGUCGUCGGCACGCUGAGCAAGCUCGUGAUGCAAGAUACCCGCCUCGUGCCUGCGCCGUCGUCCGAGGACAUGCCGCGCAUGGGCGCCAAGGCCGUCGCACUCGUGCGCGCCGCGCAGGACGUGCCUGUGUGGGACGCGCACCGACGGCGCUCGUGCCCGGUGUGCCACGAGCCGGCGCAGGCCGGCGCCGCCGACUGGAAGGCCCGCACGACGAUGGGCGCGGCGCCGCUCGCGGCGCCUGCGGACGACUCGCCGAACCUCGCGCACCGCGCGUGCUAUGCGUGCCUGCAGGUGCUCGAUGUGCCGCGCGGCACGACGCUGCCGCUCCCGGCC